CGUGGACCGCCACCCCCGGCCCCGAUCCUCCUGUGCCCGCCUGCCGCCGGGAAGCUUAACCCCGGCGCCGGCGGGCGGCCGCCGCAACUGGAAGACCCACGGGCCGAGGCUCCGCGCCCGUCCGCAGCGCGCGGCCGGCAUGGCGGCGCGGAGGAGCCCCCCGCAGGCGCGGGAGCCAGAACGGUCUAGUACCCUCGCGGCAGGAAACGACCAAGUUCACUCCUGGACACUCGUCACCAGCCAAGCCUUAGACACUGCGUGGGGAAUAGCGAAGGGCUCCGUGAUGCUGGCAGUCUCGCUGCUGCUGGCCACCCUCUGCUACUUCCGACGGCUGAAUUUACACCUAGGGCACCGGCUGAAAUGGUGGAGUGGAUAUCUGCAAAGAAAAUUCAAAAGGAACCUCAGCGUGGAGGCGGAAGUCGACUUACUCAGCUAUUGUGCAAGAGAGUGGAAAGGGGAGACACCCCGUGCCAAGCUGAUGAGGAAGGCUUACGAGGAGCUGUUCUGGCGGCGUCACAUUAAAUGUGUCCGACAAGUGAAGAGAGACAACUACGACGCACUGAGAUCUGUGUUGUUCCAGAUAUUCAGCCAGGGCCUUUCUUUUCCAUCCUGGAUGAAGGAGAAAGACAUCGUUAAGCUUCCUGAGAAACUGCUCUUUUCACAAGGUUGUAAUUGGAUCCAGCAAUACAGUUUUGGCCCUGAGAAGUACACAGGUUCCAAUGUGUUUGGAAAAUUGCGUAAAUGUGUGGAAUUAUUGAAGACACAGUGGACUGAAUUCAGUGGGAUUAAAGACUAUCACAAGAGAGGAAGUAUGUGCAACAUCCUUUUCUCUGACGCCAUUUUGGAAUACAAACUGUAUGAAGCUUUAAAGUUCAUCAUGCUUUAUCAAGUCACUGAAGUUUAUGAACAAAUGAAGACGAAAAAGAUCAUUCCCAGUCUUUUCAGACUCCUGUUUUCCCGGGAGACAUCGUCUGAUCCUUUGAGCUUCAUGAUGAAUCACCUAAAUUCUGUCGGCGACACGUGUGGACUAGAGCAGAUUGAUAUGUUUAUACUUGGAUAUGCACUUGAAGUCAAGAUAAAAGUGUUCAGACUGUUCAAGUUUAACUCCAGGGACUUUGAAGUCUGCUACCCAGAGGAGCCACUCAGGGAGUGGCCUGAGAUCUCCCUGCUGACCGAGAAUGACCGCCAUUACCACAUCCCCGUCUUUUAAGUCUGGCGUGGACCAGAUACCCGCCAGUGACAGUGGUCACGCUGGCAAGUGCAGUGUUCCGGGAAAACCAAAGCUGGCGGUGUAGCCACUGAAGGAAGUAGGACCUUCUCCAGAAUGCCAGGUACACUGGACGCAGCGACGCACACACGGCCUUUCUUUGUUUCUCAGUGGUUUCCUCCAGAGCAGUUGCACUAAUACAUUUGUGGGUGCGCGGUUUGACCUUGUUCAUAAGAGCUGGGGUCCCUCCAUACCUGGGGGUUUUUAAGAGCAUGAGAACAUUUAAUGUGGACGAAAACAACAGGAAAACAUGGAGAAGACAAGUAGGAGAAAAGACUAACCUAGAAAGAAUGAAUUUGUGUCUAGCUUUUAUAGUCUUCAUUAAGAAUCUUGCCUUUGGUUGAUUUUGGAUCCUCAUAAACAUAGUCUUAUUUUAUAAGGAUGACCUUCCCAGGAAUCUUUAUGGUAUCUUGACUUUUCUAGAACCACUUGAUUAACUAUAAAAUUAUGGGGGGCAGGGCAGUGUAUGUACACAUAUACACUCAUGCCCCAAUGUAUACAUGUAUAGUUUUAUAUAUA